UUUGUGGUCACGUGACCCCACAUCCGCUCUGUGGUUGUUGCUGUUAUGACAACGAACUUUGGAGGGGGCAGAUAAAUGGUAGCAACGGAGAAGAUGGUCAACUCUCACAAAAAACAGAACAAUUCCCUCCGAUGUACAGUGUAUCUGGACAUUGAGAGAGUUACAUGCCCAGGAGUCCUCCUUAAAAAAAAGUAUGGCAUCUACAUCAGUGUGCGUAUUAUGGGCCAGUACAGGAAGACUCCAUGUUUGCCUCCUGUUUUCCCUCUAGUGUUCAAUCACAGAAUGGUUUUUGUCAAGACUUUCUCUGGCAUUUUUGACCCUGCUGAUGUAGCUGACCUCCUCGAAGCUGACACCACAGUUUUUGAGCUGAUUCAAUUGGUCCCUCCAGAGGGGGAUAUUCUUGCCACAGCGGAAGAAUGCAGCAGAAGUUUCCUGUAUCCGGGUCCCAGCAUAGUUUCCAGUGAAGGAUCUGCAAAAAGAGAUAUGAUGAUGAAAAGAACCUCCUUGUAUCCUGGAAUCUCCCCGAAAGUGGAGUUUGCGACAGUGUCAGUCAUAGAGGAGAGUGAUUGGAGAGACAGCUGGGUUCCUUCACCUACCUGUCGUGUUUCUCCUUUGAGGCCGUGUGUCACCCCGUCUCCGCAAAGAUCAACAGGGAGGUUUUCACCACAAAGGAAAGCAUAUGAUGUUGAUCCAGACCGCGUUGUGGCCAAAGACGACUCUAGUCCUCAAACAAACAAGAAGGACAGGAAACAGGGAGCUUCUGAGGACGUUGGAUACCGACGGCCUACAGUUUCCUCCAGGUCACGAACUCUGUCUCCUUACACGCACCGCAGGAUGUGUGAGCUGACCGAGGAGAGCAGGCAGCGGAUGAACCACCUCCGCCUUGGGCCUCACCUCUUUCGCAAGUCAACGGAGAAGCAGCCGCCCUUCUUGGUCCCUCGUCACAGUGAUCCCACUGGGAUGGGAACACCGGACCGCAGCAUGCAUCGACAUACCGCCAGUUUCUCAGCUGAUCACAUAGAUGCUUCUCUCUAUGGAAGCUACAGACAGAGGACAGAGCAAAUAGAAUCGGCUCCAGCGAGGCUCCAGGCGUCUCCGGAGACACGUUCCCGACAUGAACCCGAGAUCAAAGGCCCAGGCUGGACCGAGCUGCGGCGGACCCGGUCCGUCUCAGCUUGCUCCGGCCUGGCAGUGUCAGAAUCAGGGAGGCUUCUGAAUGUCAGCAGCUGCUUCCUCAAAGACCGACUUCAGGCUCGUCCAUCCUAUGGGGAACAGAUCCACAACCGGAUCCAGAAGAUUCUGCAGACGCACAGCGUCACCUAUGAGUAUAGAGGGAGCUGUAACUUUUAAUCCACCGCAUGAGUGUUUAUACAGCAAAACCUAAAUGUUAAUUCUAAUGCAUCCAGUGUUUUUCCACUAAAUUGUAUGUCAAGGGACAGCAGAGCAAUAUAUAUAACAGUAAGGUUUUCUAACAUGUCAGAUUCCAACUUGCAGUAUUUUAAUAGAAAUCAAAACUAAAAGUGAAGAGUCAAACCAUCCCACGCACGUAAAGUAUUCCCUUUAUUAUAUUUAACAUUUUCAAACAUCUAGAGCGUGUGAAGGCCGUUUCUUUUCCCACCUACCCAUCUUCUGGGCUCCACUGGAUGUUUGAGCCAAACAGAGCCGUUUAUUAAACUCUGGCUCGGGUUUACAGAAGCCCCAUUUUGCGUGUGUGGGAAGGAGACGCGGAGGAUGUAAGCUGCAUCUGUUGAGGGCUCGCCUCUUAUAGCACAAAAGAUAAGGAUGAAGAGCCACUGCUGCAAGCCCAUA